GAAGAGGAAAAGAACAUAAAUGUAUUAGAAUAUAGAGAAGGGAGAAAAGAAGAAUAAAAACAGGGCAAAGAAGAGGAGAGAAAGGUGGGAACUUAAUGAAAAUAGAAGUGAGGAGAGAGGAGAAACGAAAAAACAUAGUUGAGGAAAGAGGAGGAUAUAGAGAAUAGGAAAAACAAACAGGCUAAUAAAGAAAAGGGGAGUAAAAGGGAAGAGCAGAGGAGGUGAGAGAGAGCAGAGGGCAGACUUUGGGAGGCCAAGUUGAGGCAGAGUCACGGAAGCCACAUGUUCUCACUGGUCAGUGGUCUGGCCCUGCUGGCCGCGUCCCUCCUGCUCCUGAAAAUGCUCAGUUUCUACCUGGCUCGAAACCAGUUCCCUCCUGGCCCGUGCCCCCUCCCCAUCCUUGGAAAUCUGCUGCAGUUGAAUUUCCAGCUUCAUCCUGAGAAGCUCAGUCAGAUGGCCAGGAAACAUGGGAGCAUCUUCACUGUGUGGGUGGGGUCAACGCCAGUAGUUGUACUGAAUGGUUUCCAGGCUGUGAAGGAUGCCUUAAUCACUCAUUCAGAGGACUUUGCUGACCGGCCAAUUACCCCCCUCUUUGAGGACCUGUUUGGAGACAAAGGGAUCAUCUCCUCCAGUGGUCACACCUGGCUACAGCAGAGACGCUUUGGCCUGACCACCCUACGCAGCCUGGGGAUGGGCAAGAAAGCCCUGGAGCAGCAACUGCAGGAGGAGGCACAGAACCUGGUGGAGAUCUUUCGCAGAGAAAAUGGCAAAUCCUUCGACCCCCAUAUUCCCAUUGUCUGGGCAGCAUCCAAUGUGAUCUGUGCUCUAGUGUUUGGCCGUCGCUUCUCCCAUGGGGAUCCCUUCUUCCAAGAAAUGAUGAAAGCAAUUGGCUUUGGGCUGGCCUUUAUCACUACCAUCUGGCGGCGGUUGUAUGAUCUCUUUCCAUGGCUACUGCGCCAACUCCCUGGACCUCACCACAAGAUCUUUCAGUAUCAGAAGAUCGUGAAGAAUCUCAUCUUCCAGGAGAUCCAGAGUCACAAACAAAGGGUGCCCAAAGACACAGAUGACUUUAUCAGCUGCUAUUUGGCUCAGAUUACUAAGAAAAAGGAUGACCCUCUGUCCACAUUCAAUGAAGAGAAUUUGAUCCAAGUAACCAUUGAUCUCCUCCUUGGGGGCACUGAAACUACAGCCACUACCCUGCGCUGGGCACUACUCUAUAUGAUCCAUCAUAGAGAUGUUCAGGAAAAGGUUCAGGAGGAGUUGGACACAGUCCUCAGUCCAUCCCAGGUGAUCAGCUUUGACGAUCGGAAGCACUUGCCUUACACCAACGCCGUCCUCCAUGAAGUACAACGUUUUUGUAGUGUCAUCUCCGUGGGUGCUGUGCGCAAGUGUGUGACGGCCACCACUGUGCAGGGAUUUUCCAUCCACAAGGGCACAAUCAUCUUACCGAACCUGGCCUCGGUAUUGUUUGACCCCAAGCACUGGGAGACCCCCUGGCAGUUCAAUCCUGAGCACUUCUUGGACCCAAAAGGAAACUUUGUGAUCAAUGAGGCUUUCUUGCCCUUCUCUGCAGGUCCCCGGGUGUGCUUGGGGGAGCUGCUGGCCAAGGCCGAGCUCUUCCUGGUGUUCACCAAUCUGCUCCGGGAGUUUCAGCUGCGGUUUCCUGAAGGAGCCUCUGGGAAUGAGCGAGAUUACAUUUUCUGGGGCACGUUGCAGCCCCAGCCCUACAAGAUCUGUGCCCGCCCUCGCCGAGGCUGGUCCGGGGGAUGCGGCAGAGAAGACGGGCUUUAAGCUCCUGCGCUUCCCCCGGUCUCCUCCGUGGUUUCUGUUUCUUCUCGUGGCUCACUAAACUUCUGCAGUUAGGA